CCUCCUCCUGGCUGCUCCUCAACUUCCAUUCUCAAAAAACACUUCAGUGUUAGCCUGGAUCCAUGGUGUAACUUCUGCCUCACCUAAAAAGUAAGAUAUUUCACUCUUUUAGCCGAUGAGAGGGUUCCACCGGUCAUUGAUAAUAGUUUGAGCUGAAGUGAAAACAGGGAUUUCUUGCGGUAACAUGUUGUAGCUCCUCCGGGCACCGACAUGGAGCCUCAUCCUCCUCAUGUUUUGAUUUUGUUGUUCGGGCUGUUGGCUAAGGGGCUAACUUUAGCUUAGCUGAACUCAUCUGAGAAUCAGGUGAACCUACUGGAGUUUGUGUAAAAGUUGAAAAAUCUCCAGUGGUGAAAGUUUUACAAACCCACGAGUUUUCUAAGAAGUAACGGCGAAGUUAUCCGAAAGAUCUGUUUUGAGGUGACGGUGGGUCGCUACCGUUAUCAUGCUAACACGGUCAAAAUCAGUGUGCCUUUAUAAGCUUUCUACUUUUAGCCUUUUAUUUGGACUCAUGUAAACUAGACACUGUAAACUAAGCACCCCAAACUAAAAGCAUCUUUGUGUGAUUGUUCCGUGUUACUUUUGUGAAUUUCAUUUUGCAUGGUUGAUUACAGUUAACCUCAUAACUAUGUAUUCUGCGCCUCAAAAUGCUCUGCCUUCUCUUAGUACAUAAAAAGUUGCGAUGGAAAUAGGUACUAGACAUGACAAUGUCUUUACCCAAAGCCUGAAAGAUGUUAAAAUUGAGUAUUGAACUAUUGUCCUCAAAUUCUUACUGUAUUUGAACUUUUGUCAUUUACUAAAGCAAACAAAAAUGCCCCAAGAAGAUGGGAGACAAAUCUGUUGUAAAAUAUAAGCUAUCAGAAAUUUCAAAAAACCUAAAUACUCUUAUUUUACAUGGUAUUGUAAUUUGAUUUUAAUUUUAAUCAAACUCAUUGUUGAAGUAAGGCCUGGUCCCUACAGAAUGAGCUAGACCAUAAGGUCUAUAGUUUAAAGUUUGAGGCAUGGUAAUACGAAUUCCUCUUAAAGGGAUAUUCCUUUGUAAAAUUAAUUUUAGGUCAAACACACCAAAACACCAAGUAAGACACCCCUCGAGAGAUCAAUGUUGUUGACCGCUUGCUUCUCUAGUUGUACCAACUUUAGUAACGACUGCAGGAUAGUAAUACACAGCAGUCUGAGGAGUCACAAACAAACCUCAACCAAUACGCCACUCUAUAGCCACAAAUAAUACCAAGAAGAGCACCUAACCUCGUCAACAGUACAUAUAGGGUCCCAGCCAUAGUUUCUUUAGCAAAAAGACUAAACACAACUCACCUAUCUGUUCCAGCAGCCGCUUGUUUGUAGCGAGACCUCAGACCAGUCCAUUACAGACUUCUGUGGGGUGACGCAGCUCAAGGAAGAACAUUUAUGAUCAUUACUUCAUGGAAAUGCAAUCAGAUCGAGACGCUUAGGCAGAAGAACUACCGCGUCUGCGGUGUAAAAUGAUUAAUAUGAUUAUUACUUAAAGGAAAUGAUAAAGUAAUGAUCACAAAUGUUCUUACUUGAGCCGAGUCACCCCGUUGCAGUUGAUGGACUCACCCAGAGGUCUCCAUACAAACAAGCGGCUGCUGGAAGAGAGUAGGUGAGUUGUGUUUAGUCUCUUUGCUAAAGAAACCAAGCAAAGAUAAAAAGAUGUUUGAUAGCUAGUACUUUGGCUGGGACCGUAUAUGUACUGUUGAUGAAGUUCUGAGGAUUAUUUGUGGCUAUAGAGUGGUGUUUUGGUUGAGCAUCUGGCUCUCUGUUUUGCCAUCUGCGGUUGUUACUAAAGUUGGUAUAACUAGAGAAACAAGCAGUCAGCAACAUUCAUCUCUCUCGGGGGUCUCUAACUCGGUGUUACGGUGUGUUUGACUCUAACUGAAUUUUAUUCUGGAAUAUCCCUUAUAUAGUUUUUUAAAUUUUCUUUGUAAUUGUUUUUUUCUCCUCCAGUGGCCCAAACAUGAUCCAUACAUAGCAGAACACAUGAGGGUACAGCAGAAAUGUCUCCCAAAGUGCCCAGCGGUCAUGGCAGGGGGGAUUUCUCAGCGGUUCAAGUUGCUGUUCGGGUGCGUCCCCUCCUGCCAAAAGAACUCCUUCACUGCCAUGAGAGCUGUAUCACUGUGGACUCGGAGCUAUGCCGGGUUACACUGGGUCAUGACCGACACUUUCUUUGUGACUACCUAUUUGAAGAAACCUGCUAUCAAGAUGAAGUCUACUCCGUGUCCGUGCAGCCACUUAUAGAUGCCUUCUUUCAAGGUUUCAAUGCUACAGUCUUUGCCUAUGGACAGACAGGCUCAGGCAAGACAUAUACCAUUGGAGAAGCGAACAUCUGUAAGCAAUUGUCUUCAUUUUUUCUUUCUUUUAUUUCAAAAUUACUUUUAACUUUAUUUACUGUACAACUUUUUGUGUCAUCAAGUACUUUGUCCUGUCUAAAUGCCUAAUUCAAACUCAUAUAGGCUUACAGUUCUUUUGGAAAAUUUUCACCGUACUCAUCGAUGAGCUGCAACAAGCCAGAGGCAUGCUUAUGUGAGUGUGUGUAUGUGGUGUCUGUGUCUAAAGGUUCCUUUAGAGAUGAGGAGCAGGGAAUCAUUCCCAGGGCUGUUGCAGAUAUCUUUAGACUGCUCGAUGAAAAUGACCUCACAGACUUCUCUGUCCGAGUCUCCUAUCUGGAGGUCUACAAAGAGGAGUUCAAGGACUUAUUGGAGGUGGAAACAGCCAGCAAAGAUAUCCACAUCAGGGAGGAUAAGGGCAACAUAGGUAUGGAAUAGACAACUACAUUUGUAAGCAUGUUUUUGUGGCUGUGAUAUGAAAUUUAAGUGACACAUGUUUCUCUGCAUUUUGUAUCCUUGUCUAUCUGACUUUACAGUUUUGUGUGGCGUAAAGGAGUGCGAGGUGGAGGGUCUUGAUGAGGUGUUGAGUUUACUGGAGUCUGGAAACACAGCCAGGCACACUGGUGCAACCCAGAUGAAUCCAAACUCCAGCCGGUCACACACCAUUUUUACUGUGUACAUGGACCAGCGUCGGGGAAGCUCUCGGCUUUAUGGGACAGCUACAGGCUCUGGACCACAAAUGUUAUCCUCCAAGUUCCACUUUGUGGACCUGGCCGGAUCAGAGCGUAUCCUCAGGACAGGGAACACAGGAGAAAGACUGAAAGAGAGUAUCCAGAUUAAUAGUGGUCUUCUAGCUCUGGGAAAUGUUAUUGGGGCACUCGGAGAUCCAAAGAGGAAAGGCUCUCACAUACCAUACCGAGAUUCCAAAAUCACAAGGUAACUUUUAAAUACAACUGAAGAGAUCAAAUCUAACAGAAAAGUUAGUUUGGUUUUAAUGAUUUCAUGUUUCUUCUAGGAUCCUUAAAGACUCUUUGGGAGGAAAUUCCAAAACCCUGAUGAUUGCCUGCAUCAGCCCGUCCUCCUCCGACUUUGACGAGAGUCUGAAUACCCUUAACUAUGCCACAAGGGCCAGAAACAUCCAGAACCGUGCAACUGUCAACUGCAAGCGUGAGCCAGACCGAGUAGAAGGUCUGGAGCAACAAAUCAAGGCUCUCCGCAGGGCCCUCGAAACCCGCCAGCGCUCAGAGACCCGCAUCAUAUCUCACGCUGAUCCAAAUAGGAGACCUCGACUGGGAGAGGGGGAGAUGAGCAGACUGCAGGCCCAGAGUGCCCACUACAGGACGUGCACGGACACUGCUUACAGGUUCAUGCUAACCGAUCAACUUUUAAUUGCAUGAUUUUAAAAUAUGCUAUGAAAGUGUUAUCAUACCAUCACUAGCUACAUUAUUCAGUUCCCUGAAUGUUCUUGACUAUUGAGAAGUUUAUUUGUGAAUGCAGGUGCAAGCCAUCAGAAGUUUGUUGGUUUCCGGUCAGAGUAAAAAUAUGUCCUGUCAGACUGAAAAAGAAGUUCUGCUUGGGAUGUUUCUGUGUUUACACUUAUUCAUAAGUUUGAAGAACUUCAUAAAAACUUAAUGCAAUCCCUGGUAAACUCUGGAGUUAGUUUGGAUCAAGGUUUAAGAACUCCUGUAUCUAUUUAGUUGCUUUUAUUCAAUGAGCAGUCACCUUAAGUAAUACCGUUACAAACAUUUCCUCUUCUUUAUGUACCCCAGGUUGCUGCGGGAGCUGCAGAAUGAAGGAGCUCUCACUGCAGAACAGAGUCUGAGAGUGAAGGAGUGGCUAUGCUCAGUGGAGGAGGAACGGAGUGGUCUGACCACCGCCUCUGGACCAGACAGCGGCAUCGAGAACAGCUCCACCGAGGAAAGUGUUGCAUUAAGGAGAGGGAGGCCCUCUGUGAGAAACCAGGUCAGUCUCUUUAUACUCACAAAAUAACAUUAAAGUGUUUUCCAGUAUUAAUGUAGUGUAUGUUUUACUAUCAGGACCAAGAGGUUGCAGAGGAGAGGUGGAGCCAUGCCCGUGAAAGUGAGAAAGAUGGAGAGAAAGAGGUUCAUCAGCUUCAAGCACAGAUCCAGAGGUUGGAGAGGGAGAACACCGACUUUUUAGCUGCUCUUGAGGAUGCAAUGGAGCAAUACAAGCAGCAGGUAAGAUGCAGUGAUUAAGCAUGGAGGGCCAGGGUCUUACUGAUAAUAAAAGCAGUAUUUCCUGCCUUACAUGAUAUGGGUUGUCUUUUUGUCAGAGUGAUAAGCUGCAAGAGCAACAGGACUUGAUAGCAGAGCUGCAGUGUCAUCUGUCUGCUCCAGCAUUGAUGGGCCUGGGGCUCAAUCUAAGAUUGCGGCCACACACAGCUCCCAUGGGCUCCAUUCAACACAGCCAGAAUGGAGGAACAUACAGACAGGUAAUCAAAGCGUGGUAUAAAUUUAAAAGUGAAAAAGCUUUGAGAGGUGGUGCGGGGCUUGUUUUCUGAUAGUAUGGGUGUAUGCUGAAGCAAGCCCAAAACCGACCCAGACAAAUAUUUACUUGUUUGCUGCUCUGACGUUGAUGUGUAUGGUUUCAGGUCAGUCCAGUAGGCUAUGUCAGUUAUGGGCUUGGUGACCAGGAUGGGAGCUUCUAUGAGGAGCAGGAGAUUCCAGGAGGCACAGAGACAGAGGACACAGAGGAAGAAGGCAGUCAACUCAACUUCAGCCGGGAGAGACGCAAGUAUGUUCGAGACAUUACACCUCACAGCUGAACUGAGUGUCACUUAAACCAAUCACACACACUACAAAACAACAAGAUGAUUUUCAUGUUAUCUGUGAAAUGUUGAUGAUGGUAAUGUUAUAAAUCUGACAGGGCGGUCAACCUAACCUGGACCAAAAGAGACGUGCUGUCAGGAGGACUAGUAGCUGCUGGUAGAGGUCUCAUGUCUCAGCUACCUGAGCCUGAGCUGCACCCCUGCUUAGCCAGGAAAGCAUGUAAGUGUAACAACCUCAUGUGCUCCCACUUGUGGAGAAAGACUGACAUAUGAUUAAGCAUUAUGUGAAAAAAAUCCACAAGGUUUUGUCUGGUUUUGCCUUGAUUUCUAGAAGUCAUUUGUUUGCUAUGUUUUGGUAUGCAUUUUGUGGCGAACAUGCACGCCUGUCUCCACAGAAAAGUCUUUGGAUUACAGUUUUUGCACGUUUUUAAUUGUGCAGUUUAGCUUUUAUUCCACUUUAUGUUCAUCUAGUACAGUCAAAAUGACAUCUAAUUCAUGCACACAUCCAGGAUAAGAGUCUUACAGGGAAUUUCUACUCAGGUAUAGGAGCUUGAACCUUGGUGAUUCCUCUUGCUGCUUUCUCAUUUGCACCUUGUAUUCUCUCUUAUACCUCUUUAUAGCAAAUGCCAGUACUGGGGAAACGUCUGUGCGUGAAAGUCUGAAAAGUUUUGAAGGUGUUACAGAAUGGGGACUUCAUCAGGCACAGCAGAAAAUCAGGGAGCUGUCUGUCACCAUUCGAAUGAAGGAAGAACUCAUCAAAGAGCUGGUCAAAACAGGUAUAAAUCAAGAUUUUGUUUUUCUUCUUUUCCUAUUUUUUCUCAAUUUCUUUCUACAUUCUCUACAAUUUACAUUUUUUUUAUUUGUUGCAAAUUUUCUGUAGGUAAAGACGCUCAGGCCCUGAACAAACAGUACAGCCAUAAGAUUGCAGCUCUGGAGAGUGAUGCCUUGCAGGCUCGACAGGAGCUGCAGGAAGCUCAACGGCAGCUGCAAGAUCUGGAAAAGCAAGAGAAAGAAAUUAGCUCCACAGACAAAACCAGAGCUCAGGAGUGUCGCAGGAAGAUAGCUGCUGCCCAGAGCAAAGUUCAGGUUGGACUGUCAUGCCUCUGUAUAAAUAUCUAAUUACACUAACAACAGAAAAAUACCAGUCGAAUGAUGCUGAUGUAUGUGGUCUCAAAAAUUAUAUUGUAAAAUCUGUACAUAGUCUUUAAAAGAAAAAUGUGUGUGUUUUGAAUGAAGGUUCUCAGUCAGCGACAGAGGGAUACUGCUCGUCUGGCUAACCUUCCUGCACAGAGUGAGCGUCGUGUGUUGGAACUGGAGCGAAGUGUUCAGAGUAUGCGGCAGCAGCAGGAGCAGCUGCAAAGGCGGCUGCGCCAGGAAAGUCAGCAGAAACGACGCCUGGAGACGGAGAUGCAACGCAGAACUCACAGAGUCAAGGUACCUGAGCUUUGUCUGUAUAUUAUCCAGGGCGCAAAUACUUUUCUCUUUAAAGAAGGAAAUCACUUUUAUGAUGUAGUUGACCCCUAUUGUUUCUUUUGCUCAUCCAUCAUCGUCCUUUUUUAGGAGCUUGAAAUAAAGAAUGAGCAGCAACAAAAAAUCUUGAGGAUAAAGACAGAGGAGAUCGCUGCCUUCCAGAGGCAGAGGCGCAGUGGCAGUAAUGGCUCUGUCAUCUCUUUGGAAGAGCAACAGGUGGGACGAGGGUCUAACUUCAAAUUCAUACAAAGCAAAUGGCUUAUAAAAACAUUUUUGCUGUUCAAUUAAGGAAGUAAAGAGUUUUGCCUGUUAAUUCCCAGCAGUCUGACUCUGUUUCUAUUUGGGUGUGAUUUUUGGCUUUUGUCUCAACUCCUGUGAGCAGAAGAUCGAGGAGCAAAAACGUUGGCUGGAUGAAGAAAUGGAGCGGGUAUUGGAACAGAGGAAGGGCCUGGAGGAUCUGGAAGGAGAGCUGACUAAACGAGAGGAAAUCCUGGCCAAGAAAGAAGCCCUGCUUCAGGAACGCAGUGGACUGGAGACUAAGAGGCUCCGCUCCAGUCAGGUACUGACGAUCACACACACCCAAGUUUAAAGACUCAAGAGACAAGCAAAAGGUUCAAAUGUUUAUUUCUGUCUUUUCCAGGCCCUGAGCAAAGACCUGGUGAUGCUAACAGGUCGUAUUGAGACCCUCGAGCAAGAGCUGAGUGAGAGAAAUGGUCUACUUCGCAGCAGCAGCGCUCAAGACUCACAGCAGAUUCGUCAAGAAAUCUCCAACCUGCGUCAGGAGAAAGAUUCAUUGUUGAAACAAAGAGUGGAGCUCGAUGAAAAGCUGCGACAGGGGAACCUGCUCUCCCCCGAGGUCAGACACUGCUCAGGUUUAUCUGGUAACAUGAUAGAAGAACAGAUUUGUUUCUUAUCUGGUAGUGGUAAGUUUUUAAUUUUAGAGCACAAAACUUUGCUGUCCUGCAGUAAUGUGGUAAUAAUAAUGUUUUAACUAGAACCUGUGCAGAAAAGAAACUGUUAUACCUGUAUGUAACUGAAUCCUCUUACAGUUUGUCUGUUCUCUUGGGCAAUUUCAGGAGGAACGAACACUUUUCCAGUUCGACGAGGCAAUCGAGGCUCUAGAUGCAGCCAUUGAAUACAAGAACGAGGCCAUCACUCAGAGACAGAGACAGCUGAGGGCAUCUGCCAGCAUGCUGUCUCAGUGGGAAAUGAACCUAAUGGCCAAACUUAGUUACCUGUCUGCUUCUGAGACCAGAGCUCUACUGUGCAAGUACUUUGAUAAGGUCAGUGCAAGCUCCAUCUGAUUCUAACAAUACUGUUAUAUUGUAUACAGUAUACGGCUGUGAGUUGAGACUGUAACAGCAUACAUGAGCAUUAUAAUACUGAUUCUCUGGGUGUAUGACUUGUAGGUGGUGUCUCUGCGUGAGGAGGAGCGUAAGCUACAGCUCGCCCUGGCUGAGCUGGAGAUGCAGCUGGAUGAUCAGCAGAGGCUGGUGCAGUGGCUGGAGAACGCACUCGAUCGCACACAACUGGACACAGAUCGCCGGCUGACACAACAGCAGAAGGAACAUGAGCGGAGUGUUCAGCUCUUACUGCAGCAGUGUCGAGGUGCAGACCUCACAGACUUAUAUUCAGUAAAAACAGGGUUUGUUGGUUUGUUUUCAUGUCCUCAUGUUUGUGUUGUCUUCCUCUCAAAGAGCAAAUGGAUGAGGGUCUGGCAGGAAGGCAGCGGCAGUUUGAGGGAUGGAUUCAUAACCUCAGUAAGGAGUUGAACCACUACAAAGCAGCAAAUCAGGAACUAAGCAACAGACUGAGGGAGGUCUGUGGUUCAGCCAACCAGCCAAAGGAGCAGGCGAGAGGUAAAUGUAUGUUCAGAUCAAAAUGUUUUAGUAUCAACAACUAUGAUGAAUCUUGUGUUUACAGUUUGCAGCCAGAUGUUCUCAGAUAUCCACAUCAUGAAGUCAUGCUUUGGUUGUACAACAUAAAAUGACCCUUUCCUCUAAAACCUUCAGGCAAAUCGUACUGUCUUAUUUUUCCUCACUGAUAGCAUGCAGCUGAAAGAGAAGUACAGAAAAAAGUCUUAAUAUCAUUAUGACUGAAGUAAAAGUGUAUGAAAGUCUUUCCAGUAGUAAGAGUUUGGAAUUGAUCAGGAAUUCACUGGAAUUAAUGCUUUUCAGGCGGGAAAACAAGGUUUGAUGAAGAGGUGUGGUUAAACCCGCUACUUUAUUUUCACACAUUGACGUCUGACAUCGUGUUUCUUGGGUAAUAAUUAGUGUUAAAAACUCAUAUUGUCUUGUAGUUGUUGCACUUGAAGAUAAAGCAGCAAGCAUCAGCUGCAUGGAGAAGCUGACCCGCUGCCCGGAUGAAAGUCCAGGAGGACGAGGGUCCGGCCAGCCUGACAAGCCUGUGAGGUCCAGGGAGGAGAUGCGAGAGCUGGUGAACACCCCUCUCCCGUCCACAUGGAGACGCUCUUCUCUCCCCUCAGAGGAACCUGCGGUCAUGGAGGAGCUGUGGCUUCGAGCAGCUGGGGAUGUUCCUGCAAACCGUGUAGUUCAGACUGGUGGGGGGUCCUGGGGCGGGACGACGUCACUGCCUGUUGUAAAAUCUCGUAGGGAAUCCCGACGCUCCAGCCUCAAUGUUGGACCGCUGAGUUCAAACAAUGCAAUCAUUGACGUACGCAAGAAUCCUGUCUGAAAAUACCUUCCUUACAUUACUUGGAAACAUUCACAUAGAAUUUUUUUUUACUUGUAUAUAAAACUUUUUAUGAAACCAGAACACACUGAUUUUACAUGAAGCACUUUCACUAAAGUCAAGUUUCCAUUUCAUACAGUAUUUGGUAUCCAGUACGACAGUUUAGUAGAGAUCAAUCAUUUUUAUCAGUGCAUAAUGAGGUUCUCUCACUUUCCAAUCAUGUAGGAUUUUACCUUCGACAAUAUUUUUAUUAAAAUGUUUUUACUUUUGAUCUUCAUUUGGCUCCUGUUGCUAUUUACGCUCAAAUUUUCUGAGACCCUUUGACAAGAAUGAAGAAAUAAUUUUUGCCUCUUGGUCUUAAAUCCUUUUAAAAUCAAUGUGUAUGACGAAUGUUAUCACAGUUAGAGCAGAUGAAACAUGAAAGCUGCCGUAAAAUGUCAGAUUCGUGUGGGCGUGGAGUCGCAUCAAGCUCAGCUGUGAUCCAAAUUUGCCUGCUUCUGAUGCAUUUUUAGCUGAUUAUGCAAUCGUGUCAAUGCAGAAACAGGGACAUGUAAUAGCCUAACCAAAAUUUUCCAACUCUGCAAAAAUAAAGAGGAUUAAAAAAGAAUUUAGGGACCAUAAAGCUAAUACUGCAGCUCAGCCAAUGUUGCGACUAUAUUUGUUUAUAACCCGUAAGUACUUAAAAUAUGGGAGCUUUCAGCAUGGUAUCAAAUUAUAGUAAAAAGAGAAUAAUUACAGAAUCGACCAAACUUGAUUGUAUUAUCUUAGACAAAGAAUUAACAGGAGUUCCUCUACAAUUAUACCAACACAUUAUCAUCACUGAGCCAUUGCAGCAAGCUAUCAAACCAGAAAACCAUUAUUGACAUACCUAAAGAGAUUGUAAAUGUUUAACAGACCCUCCUCUCUGCAGUAACCCUAAACCUCAUUGUCAUCCAGGAUCAUUUCAGUUUUCUUUACCCAAAGUCAUUCCUCUGAACAAAGAAAGUGCAAUACAUCUGUGCUGCAACAUUUAAACAAGUAUUUCUACUAUCUCCUUAAUCCCUUCCUGCAAUGGAGCACAGUGAAAAUGAGCUUGUGUGGUAGCAGAGAAGACAUGUGAGCAGCAGGGGGCAGUAUAUAUUCAGUGCUGUAGGAGCAUCCUUCAGAGGACUUCACUGGUUUGUGAGAAUUCUACUUUUUUUUCUUUUCAACUACUUACCCUUCUCCAUGCUGAUUUUUUUUUAUGCUGUAAACCAGGUUUGUCUUCUCUUAUCUUCCCUUUAAGUAAAAUCCGGUUGACAAAAAGCCCAAACCUCUAAGCAAAAAACAUCUGAAUGGGUGUAAAAAUACAGAUACUAAUUGGUUCAAAUAUUGAAGGAAAUUAUGAACACACAAGUAAAAAAAAAUAAACUUGACCAUGUUGUUUCCAUAUUACACCCAUUAUUAGCCUCAUUAUACAGGAGUAUAUUGAAAACCACAGCAGUAAGCAUUUUCAGUAGAAAGUAUCUUUGUGUAUUCUUGUCCUAACAGCUUGAUUUAAGUCAUAUCUUCUCUGAACUCAUGAUAUCAUCUAUUUAGCUCUUCAAGGCUAUCAAGAUCUGUGAUUUUCUCAUCUGUACUCUCCUCAACCAAUGCUACCUGGGCCAGUAUGUGAUGUUAAUAUCACAUUGUUGUGUUGUUUAAAUAUUUACUUAUUUUGCCUAUAAUCAAAAAUACACUAUUAUUGUAACACCCUCUGACCAAUUCACAUUGCAGUCUAAUAUACAUGGUUGUCUAACUCUAGACAAAAACUAGGUUAUGAUUUUACAACAGGACCAUAAUUAGAAGCAACAUUAAACUGUGUUAUUCUAUAAAAUACAGCUGCUUUAGAGCUGAUAUGCUGACACAGAUGGGAAAAAUAUUUUAUUUGGGGGGAAUUUUAACAUAGGUCAACACAACCACACUGAUGAGGCUAUUAGCAGUAUCUGCCCAGGCAUUUCUUUCUUUCUUUCUUUCUUUCUUUCUUCCUUUCUCUUUUCUUUCUUUUGGUCCUCCUUAGUAGGUAAUUUCAAAAUGUCAUCAAUCAGGAAUAAAUCUCUCUGUGCUUCCAACAACCAACUUGAGACUCAAGAGUUGUGCUACCAGAAAAAUUACUUUUGAGGCUAACUUCAGGCAUCAGUUAUCUGUCCACAAGCUUUCCUAGACACUAAAACAAAUGUCCCCUUGAACAUAGAAAAGACAUCUAAAAUUUUCCACUGCUGUUGCUUCACAUGACAUUUAACUCGGUGGGUUAACUUGUUGUACAGCCACCCCUCAGAAAAAAACACAUAAAAUCCAGAAAUGACCUGAUGACGAGACACACAGAGGUGUGAAAUGUACAUCAUUCAUCAGUUUUCCUCGUAGUGUGCAAAACAGAGUAGUGUGAAUGAAAGGAAGGAAAAGGACGAACUGAAUUGAUGAGUUAGGACGUUCUAU